CUUGCUGCAAUCUAUAGCGGUCUUGGGCUUGAUUUUUCUCCAUCUUUGUCAUUGGGUGACAGUCCUGAUGAAUGUGGAGGAACAUUAAUGGUAUCUCAAGAAACCACCAGCAAAUCACCCACUAGAAUUCUCCAGGUUAUGACUUCCAAUCAUGUCCCUGGUGGUAUGCUCAUAUCUCCUCUUCAUGACAGUCUGCUAUGCUUAUCAAGAAAGGAAAAAUCUUCAAUGUUAAUAGAUGAUUCUGUUUUGGGUAAUAGAAAACAAUUACAUGAGAAGAAACCAAAAUUUUUAAUCAGGAAAAGUGAAGAGCUGGUGGAAUCAAAGCAUAGAAAUCACAUGUAUGUUGAGAGUGGGAAGACAUUGCUCAUAAAAAAGAAGCAAGAGACUAAGAUUGCAGGGGGGGAGUCAUUGCCCAAUGACUUGAAACACACAUCUCCAUCUAGCCCUUUGAAUAUUGCUAUGGAGGCCACCGCCAGGGUCUGUGAUGUCUCUGCAGAAGCUAAUCAGAAUGCAUUGAGGGGUGGAUUGUUUUCUUCUGACUCUGGAAAGGAGGAUUCUUUGGAGUCGAUAUCUGGAAGAAGCAGACCGAGUGGCAAGAAAAAGAAGCGGGAUAAGAGGAGUAGUUUGGAUGAAAAGGGUUGGGAACAAAGUGUAGAUAAUUCCAAUAAAAAUGCUUCACUCGACCUAGGGGACAAUUUUGGAAGCAAAUGCUACCAGAAGUCUGCUCCUUUAAAACUUGAGGAAGAUUCAAAAACAAAGGUUGGUCAGAUAGCCAUAUUUCAUGUACAAAAUAAAAUAAGUAUUCCCUCCAAGAAGGAAAAGACGCUCGAGGGCAAGAAGUCAAAAGAUAGCAAAAAUACUGGAGAAGUUGCUGAUUCGAUGAAGGAAAGCUUGAGACCUGAUGUGGGUUUGACCCUUAAAGAUACCACUAGUUCUAAUCAAGGUUUUUCUUCAGAUAAAGAUAAGAUUUGGAAAUUGAAGUUACAGGAGGAUAUUAAUAAGGUUCAAGGUAAUGGUAGAGAUGCACUGGAAACAAAUUCCGAACAGAAAUGGGGCCAAAUGGGGUCAACAAUGAGGCAUUUUCAGAAUAGGCUAAAAGGUUAUGAUCCAAUGGAUUUUGAGAUGGAGCACGAUGGCUAUUUGGAUAAGUUGAAGGUAAAAGUUAGUGGUAGAACAGUUGAUAACCACCUGUCUGGAGUGGCUGCUCCAGAUGUGGUUCCUCACCUCUAUGAUAGGAGGCUUCCCUCUCAGAUGGCUGCACCAGCUGCACCUGCUCCUGUAGUCAUAGAAGAAAAUUGGGUUCUGUGUGAUCGUUGUCACAAGUGGCGACUUUUGCCUUUUGAUACUAGACCAGAACAACUCCCUGAGAAGUGGUUGUGUAGCAUGCUUAACUGGCUGCCAAGAAUGAAUCAGUGUGACAUUAGUGAGGAUGAGACAACAAAAGCUCUCAAUGCAUUGUACCAGGCUUCAGUUGCUGGGAAUCAAAAUAACCCACAAAAUCAUGCAAAUGGAAGUAUGCCAUUUAUUACUUCAGCUCAGUCUCAGCAUCUUGAUCAGAACAACUCUAGUUUCAAUUCUCAGGCUUUAUCUAUUCAAGUAAAGAAGAACAAUGGUCUUAAGGAAGUGCAGAAAGUGGGUAGCUGUGGCCUGAAUCAGAUGUCAAACUCUAAAAAACAACAACAGUGGGAAUCUUUGAAAAGCAAGAGCCUAAAUGACAUGACUCAGGCCCCUGUUGAACCAAUUGUCAUGAAGAAAUCCUCCUUUGAAAAGAAAGAAAGGCUUAUAGCCGGAGGUGAGACCAAGAAAACAAAGAUGAAAAACAAGAGGGAAUCUGGUCCUUAUGCAUAUGAAGGUUCAAAGAAAAGCAAAGUAGAAGUAGAAUACACUAACGAGAAACAUCACAGUUCUAACUUAGAUCACAGAAGGGUGGGCCUUAGUUCAAGAACUAGCUUGCCAACUCAAGCAAACGGAAGAAGCAUGAAGAAUUGUAAUGGGGGCUCUAAUUCUGGGGAUGUAAAGCAUGAUAUUAAAGAAAAAUCAGUAGCUUCCGUGAAGAAACUUGUGGAUCAAACUCUGGCGUCAUCAGAUGGUGGGUCAUUAGACAUGAAAAUAUGUGAUAAAAGGGCUACUGUGAAGAAAAGGAAACCGGAUGACUGGCAGGACAGUCAAAAUGGGAAUGAGUUGUGCAUGAAGGAUGAAAGUAGUGAGAGUGGUUUUAGGAAUGAAAAGAAGUUACGGUUUUCUAAGAUUGAAGGGAAGCAGUUCAAUAGAAAUGAUGGUGACAGUACAACAAACAGGAAAAGUAUGGAUCAUUUGAUUGGUGGCAUUGAGGAUGUCCACUGUAUUGAUAGGAACCUGAAAUUAAGUAAGCAGAAGAAAAAGUCAUCAUCUCAAAAAGAAUUGGAUGGCCUUGAUUUGUCGAGAAGGGAUUCCGGAACUGGACGAAUUUUGAUAGCAGCAACUUCUAGUUCUUCAAAGGUUUCCAGUUCUAGUAAAACCAGAGGAAAUUUUGAAGAAGCAAGGGGUUCACCAGUUGAAUCAGUGUCUUCAUCGCCAAUGAGGACCUCAUAUCCAGGAAAACUUGCAUCAACUGCUGGUUCAGGGAAGGAUGCUGCUAAUAGUGGAAUUCCUUCAAGUGGCAGUCUUGGAAGAUGUUGGAAUGGUGAAGGUGAUUUUGAGCUUGCUCAAUCUGGUGUAGAAAUGAAAGAGAAAGUGUCAGUUGAUUUUAACCCUGGAUACCAUAAAUUUUCUACCUUGGAUUAUCGGGAUAAAGACUCUGUUUGCAAAAUCAGCAUUAAAAGUAAACCUUCUUCUAGGUUGAGCCAUGUGCUCAAUGGUGAUUCUCGUUCUGCUGAAAAUGCGCAGCAUACUGUAGAAUGUUCCCAUAAUGAGGAUAGACUGAACAAGGAGUGUGGUAGGAAUGCAUUAUUUUCUCAAAUAUCUAAGAAGGUUUCUACUUCACAGACAAAAGACAAUAAAAAAUGUUCUGCUGCAGAUAAGAUGAAAUGUAGCGAGGAUGGGAAGAACUAUUCUGGAAGGAGGAAUCCUUCAGGACAACCAUCAAGUGAUAGUAGAAUGGGGACCCAAUAAAAAAAAAGCAUGAUGAAUUCAGUGUAAAAUCUGCUGCUCCAUGCAGCAAAAAGGGGAACAAUACCCCUGAGCAAAAUGUGAUCCA